AUGAAUAAAUGUCUGUAUGGGUUCAGUUGUGUUAUAUAUUUUAACCUAGUAUUUAAUUGUCGACAUACAUCUUUUCAUAGCAAGUUAUAUACAUAUUUAUUGAAAAAUGUUUCGACCUGUUUCCUGUGGUUUGAAACUGCAUGCAGCUGAAUUAGCAUGAAGCCGUUAGCUUCCAGUGGCUAAGUUACUCUCAUUAUCUCACACAGACAUAGGAUUCUUGUCAAUGAGAAGAUGAGUGAACUGAAGGACUGCCCCCCUCUGAAGUACUAUGAUUUCAAACCUGUGGACCAUGUGAAAGUAUGUCCACGCUACACAGCAGUGCUCAGCCGCUCAGAAGAUGACGGCAUUGGCAUUGAAGAGCUGGACACGCUUCAGCUGGAACUGGAAACACUGCUCUCCUCUGCGAGUCGACGUCUCAGAGCGCUGGAAGAACAGAGACAGAUACUUACAGACUGGCAGGACAAAAAAGGGGACAAAAGGUUUCUGAAAUUAGGGAAGGAUCCAGAUCUUGCAGCCUCUUCUCGUCAUUCCAAGCCCAAAAAACAGAAGCUUGAUGGAAAGGGAAGUCAUGGUCCGGGACCUGGGCCAGGUAGACCGAAGUCUAAGAACAUACAGACCAAGGUCCAGGAGUUUGAAUUCGACGUCGACCCCCAAGAUAUACCCCGCACCCCUAAAAAUGAUGCUCCCAACAGAUUCUGGGCUUCGGUGGAGCCUUACUGUGCAGACAUUACAAAUGAAGAGAUCCGAGUUCUGGAAGAGCUGCUCAAACCUCCUGAAGAUGAAGCUGAAUACUACAAGAUUCCAGCUCUCGGAAAGCACUAUUCCCAACGCUGGGCUCAAGAGGACCUGUUAGAGGAGCAAAGAGAGGGGGCAAGAGCCAAUGACAAGAAAAAAAACAUGGUUGGUCCUCUCUCUGAACUGGAUGCUAAAGAUGUAGACGCCCUACUGAAGAAAUCAGAGUCUCAGCAUGAACCUCCUGAGGACGGCUGUCCAUUUGGCCCUCUUACUCAGCGGCUGCUGCAAGCACUUGUUGAGGAAAACAUCAUAUCCCCUAUGGAGGAUUCCCCCAUUCCAGACAUUCCAGGGAAGGAGGAUGGGGCUGGGACAUCACCUCGUAGCCAGGGUAAAGCCUUCAGUGUGCCUCACACACGCUCUCUGGAGGCUCGUAUAAGAGAGGAGCUGGUGUCUCAGGGGCUGCUGGACUCUGAUGAGAGGCAAGGUGUCGGAGGAGAGUCUGAAGACGAGGUGCUGGCUGAGUUGCAGAAAAGACAAGCUGAACUCAAAGCUCUGACUGCCCACAACCGCUCGCGCAAACAGGAGCUGCUCAAGUUGGCACGGGAAGAGAUGCGGAAACAGGAGCUUCGACAGCGGGUUCGAGUGGCUGACAACGAGGUUAUGGAGGCCUUCCGUCGCAUCAUGGCAGCCAGGCAAAAGAAACGCACGCCAACUAAAAAAGAGAAAGAUCAGGCCUGGAAAGCUUUGAAAGAGAGAGAAAGCAUUCUCAAACUCUUAGAUGGAUAAAUAUGACCGGCAGCUAUAAUGUGUUUUUUUUUUUUUUUUAUGUUUAUCUAUGGACACUUCAUAAAGACAGCUUCAACAUCCAGAGAACCUGAAGAACAUGUAAACAAACAUUUAAUAUAAUGUUCAUACGUUUGGUUACGUUGUCCAAAGUAAUGCAUGACAUGACUAGUUGUGAUAAAUGUUAGACACUAUGGGAUUCAUGUGCCACUGAAUUGACAUUGUUGAUGCCAGAUGUAUGGCACUUUGAGUUUACUCUUUCUUUUUUUUUUUUUGGCAUUUCUGUACAGCUCCCAAAUGCAACUGAUAAACACAAUGGUUUGAAAUGGUUAAAGGAAUAAUUGACCCUAAAAUGAAACUUUGUCGUUCUGAUCCAGUAUCACUGACUUUAUUCUGUUGAGCAUAAAAGAAGAUAUUUUGAAGAAUGUUGGUCACUGAAUAGUUUU